AUGGACGUCGUAGCGCCAGUCAACUUUGAUGAUUUUCAUAACAGCAUCAUGAGUGAGCACAGCUUGAACCACCUCCCCUUACCCAGUAACGGCAGCUCGGGUGAGAAUCGUGAAACGGGCGCUCCGUCGAACUCCUGGGAAAACCACACGUACACGGGCAAUGUGUCGGAACGUACACGUGGUCCCACUGCUCGACGAAAAAGUGAAGUGCAACGUCCAAAUGGUUCGAAUACCGCUGCAGGGCUCACAGCAUCCUCUGCCAAUACUCGUGCUCGCCGCCAGAGCAUAGCUCAACCGUCUGGAGGAAGUACUUCAAGGGGUCCGCGCAAAUCUAUCAGCUCUGGGGCAUUUGCGCCUACCAACGCUUCGGCCAGGCGCGCCAGUCUAAGUGCCCGCAAAAUCAACACUGACCCUGCCUUAACAAAUAACUCGCUUCGCCCUCGACUUCCCGAAUCUGACGCAAAGGUUUCAUCUUCUGUUCGAAACCUCAAGGCGAAAUCAUUCCAGCCCAGCCCAAAGGAACCCCGUGGUCAAUUCUUGACUGCCGUUGGAGCCAAUGACCAUACGCGAUCAAAUUCCACCAAUGCUGUGCGGACCCCGGUAAGAAAUCCUUCUAGCGCCGUGGCGACUCCUUCCUCUGCCUCUAAGCGGGCUUCUGUUAUGCCGCCACAUGCCACUGGACUUGGUGCUCGAACGGUCAGUCCCACUGACGCACGACGACUGAAGCGAAUGUCCAUUGCGCCGCCUGCCCCUCCGAUGCCACACACACCUCCGACCCAGACAGAACCUCUACCCAUUCGCCCUUUAUCAUCGACUCAAUCUCCCUCUCAAAUUCCAAGGAAAAGCGUCACACCUUCUUCGAACCGAACCACGCCCGACCCAAAUCGGAAGUCGUACAGUUCAGGACUAUCUGUUUCCUCAAGCACCAGCUAUAACUCCGCGCGAACUUCUGGGAGCUCUCUUCAAAAUCGGCUAUCCCAAAAUCUAUCUUCGUCCCGACUUCCGACGCCUAAGCCACGCACAGAGCAAACAAACCCCAACGGGGAAGAGGUCCCACCGGUUCCAGCCAUCCCCAAGGCCUAUGAGUCGCCUAAAGAUGAACUAGAGGCGUCUCUCUUCACUGCGCCCACAAAAUCAAGCAUUCCUGCGGAUUCGAGCCUUCGGAAUAUUAAAGAUCCGGACGCGGAAGCGCAUACCACCGCCCAAGUUGAGAAAGUUGAUUAUGCUGAAACAAAAACUCCUGAUGCACGAUCACGAACCUCCACUGUUCUAGCAGGACGGAAGGGCUUGCAGCCCUUGAAACUGCCCCCGCUAAAUCUGUUGCCUUUGGGCACACCCAUGGCGGCCAAAAUUGAGGCACUCAAGGAUAGGGACGACGGGCGCAAAGUUCACACCCCCUCCAACCAAGUGGUUUCAAAAACGCCCAGUACUCCGAUGACAGCAUCCAAGGCGAACUUCUGGUACCGUGAUCAAGAUGACCCAAUGCCUCUUAUUCAAGCACGAAGCAGCACUUCUCACUUUGCUGUCAGCUCAUCAACCGCUGCGCUGCGAGCUUCUAGCAGUACGAGCGCGUUUGACUCAUUUGAAACGCCAAGUGUAGCUCGCAACAUUUCUCCCUAUGCCUCAUACACGCUGCCCAAAAGUGGUGCCGAGCUCAACCGUCUCCGCCACCAGGUCAGCGCCGACUACUCGAACCGGACGCCAGCGCACAAGUUGAAUGGUCCACGACCUCAAACGCAAAGUGCCAUUUUCACUCCCGCUCCAGAAAGGCUCAGUCAGAUAUCGACGCCUUCGGAUCCUGAGAGUUUCACUGUCACCGCGCCCGGCUCCUCUCUUCGGGACCGGCUUAAGGUGGCACGGCUUCGCAGCAACUCGAAGGCCCAAAAGGCAGAAGCUGAUGCUGAUUCUGCCAAGCACAAUCCUAUGCCGCCACCUAAACUUCCAGCCUCUGCAACAUGGAACAACCUAUGCUCAAUCAGCUCGACGAGCCCCAAUCCCAAGCCAUCGUAUCUCAAUCCUCGCCGACAAUCUUCUAUCUCAAGCACGACAAGUUCGACGACUCGGAAGCCAAGUGUCAGCAGCGAGAAAAGUCUUGCCCUGGAGCCAACUCCCUCCAAUGAGUCGGGCGAAAGCGACCGCUCUAGGCGCGUGCAUAGCACAUUCAUCUCUCCAGUUCAUAAGAUGAUCAACCACGCUAGAUCUAGUGUUGCCGCUGCUUCCCGGCCUAUCGAUAGCAACGUUGACGCAGAUGUGGCGAUUGCAAAUGAAGAGAUGAAGCGACUUGGGUCCAAACGCAAAGACUUUGAAAAAGCGGCGCGUGUGCUAGACGACUUGCGCCGCAAGGCUAGUCCAAAGGAUCGUGUCAGUCCCGCUCAGGCCUUAAAGAUGGCAACGCUCAACAUCUUUGAACGCGGUGAGAUCAUCGAUUAUCGCGAUGUUUUCUUCUGCGGUACUCAUACUGCCAAGAAACACGUCGGAGAUCUCCACUCCAGUGCAGCGAACUUUGGCUACGAUGAUGAUCGUGGUGAUUAUAACAUCGUCAUCGGUGACCAUCUGGCUUACCGGUACGAAGUUGUCGAUGUCAUGGGCAAGGGUAGUUUUGGCCAGGUCGUGCGAUGCAUCGACCACAAGACUGGGGUUCUGGUUGCGAUUAAAAUCAUUCGCAAUAAGAAGCGAUUCCACCAACAAGCCUUGGUUGAAGUCAAUCUCCUACAAAAACUAAAGGAAUGGGACCCUCAUGGCAAGCAUAGCGUUGUCAACUUCACCCAAAGCUUUUACUUCCGUGGUCAUCUAUGUAUUUCAACCGAACUCCUUGGCAUGAAUCUUUAUGAAUUCAUCAAGGCCCACGAAUUCCGAGGCUUCUCGUUGAAGCUGAUCCGUGUCUUCACCAAGCAGAUGCUGAGCAGUCUUGUACUGUUGCAUGCGAAGAAGGUCAUCCACUGUGACUUGAAGCCCGAAAACAUUCUUCUUGUUCACCCGUUGAACUCCGAAAUUCGUGUCAUUGACUUUGGUUCAAGUUGCUUUGAGAAUGAAAAGGUCUAUACUUAUAUCCAGAGUCGCUUCUACCGAUCACCCGAGGUCAUCCUCGGAAUGUCGUACGGCAUGCCGAUAGACAUGUGGAGUUUAGGCUGCAUUUUGGCUGAGCUAUUUACCGGCUAUCCUAUUUUCCCAGGAGAGAAUGAGCAAGAACAGCUUGCUUGCAUCAUGGAAGUCUUUGGUCCUCCGGAGAAACAUCUCAUUGAAAAGAGCUCACGCAAAAAGUUGUUCUUUGACUCUCUCGGCAAGCCGCGUUUGACUGUUUCAUCCAAGGGACGCCGACGUCGUCCGAGUACCAAGGAGCUUCGACAGGCAUUGAAGUGUGAUGAUGAAGCCUUCCUUGACUUCCUCACUCGCUGCCUUCGCUGGGAUCCUGCUCGUCGGCUCUCGCCCCAUGACGCGUUGAAACACGAAUUCCUCACUGGCGUCAAGGCCCCCCGACCCAGGAUGCAUACAUCAAACUCGCCUUCCAAGCGAGGUGUGACGUCCGCGGCUCGUCCUCUCCCUGAUCCACCAGGCGCAACGCUGAAGAGCGGGUUCAUGCGCACUCGCGAUGCCUCGGCCAACUCCCCAGCCAAGGGUAGCGGCAAACGACACUCGACCGUGAACGUUCCUCCGUCCAGCCCUGGCAAGCGAGGGUCCGGGAAUUCUUCUACUGCCGGGUCCGCACUCCCUCGUGUUUCGGCGCGGAGUAUCAGCGGGAAACCAGACCUCGCUACUGCGGCGGCUGCGACAAGCUUGGUGAGUUAG